UUUCUCAGGUGAACCCCCGGUGAAACAACAGUGACCGUUGAUGGUAAAACUUCCGCAUACAGGUUACGACACCGCUCAGGUUGAAGGAGACGAAACUACCAAAGACCACCACAAGAGAUUACGUUCUCUUUAAUCAGAAAGAAAGGGAGUGUAGGAGAUGGGGAAAUUGGCUGUUUUGCUUUUGUUUAUCAGUUUGCCACUCAUAAUUUGGGCACAACAAUCAAAUAACCGUGGGCAUGGUGCUGGUCAGUUAAAAAAUGAACCAGGUGACUCGUCCACUGGGCCCAACUUUUCCAUACUUCACAAGAAAAGCAAAGACAGUAAAGACAGUAAAGACAGUCAAAAGGGGAAGGACUGCACUUCGGCGAAGGAUUCCAGGUUCCGAACUGCGGACGGCACGUGUAACAAUCUUGAAAACAAGGAGUGGGGAAGUGCCGGGGUGGCGUUCGACAGGUUGGGACCAAUUUCAUACGAGGACGGGAUAAAGAAGCCCAGAAAGUUCAGCGUCGUGUUCAGAAGAGGGAAAAGAGAUGACCAUCAGCAGGGCGACAACGAUGACAAUCAGCAAGACGACGACGACGAUGACAAUCUGCAAGACGACGACGAUGUGAUCUUCAUGGGAAGACGACGAAGAUUUAAGUUACCUGGUCCGCGUGCUAUCAGCCUUGCCAUCCAUACCGGUAACGAACCCGCCUUGGACAACCGUGCCCUCUCCCUGAUGGUAAUGCAGUGGGGGCAGUUCUUAGAUCAUGACAUAACUUUGACCUUGCCGGUGACAGAUGAGAAUGGCGACUUCAUACAUUGCUGCCCAAAGAUGUCGAAUCAGAGCAAAGCAUGCCUUCCCAUUAAAAUUGACAGUUCUGACCCUACCUUUGAAGAGGGUUGUAUGAGUUUUGUGAGGUCUGCACCUUCUGAAGAUUCACGAGAACUGGGUUACCGGGAGCAGUUUAACGUCAACACAGCAUUUAUAGAUGCGUCUAAUGUCUACGGCUCCGGAGACCAGGACUUUGAUAGACUGAGAAAUUUCACUGGAGGUCUGCUUAAAGUGUCUCGUGCUGCAGACAGUGACAGAUAUUUACCCUGGGCAGAAACGGAAGAAAAGAAGAAACUUGAAUGUCAAGUUCGAGAAGGAAAAGAUGUCUGUUUUGCGGCAGGUGACGUGAGAGUGAAUGAACAGCCUGGUCUCACUGCAAUGCACACUACCUGGCUAUAUGAACACAACAGAAUUGCCAGAGCUCUAUCAAAACUUAAUCCUCAGUGGAAUGAUGAACGAUUGUUUCAAGAAGCCAGGAGGAUUCUUGGUGCCAUGAUGCAGCAUAUUACAUAUAACGAGUUCCUGCCCAUUAUUCUCGGAGAAAGUGGAAUGACGACGUAUGGACUGAAAGUGAAACCCGGAGCACAACGCUCAACUUACAACAGCGCCGUAAACCCUACAGUUGUAAAUGAAUUUUCUGCUGCGGCAUAUCGUUUUGGUCAUUCACUUUUGCAGAAUUUUAUUCCCCGCUUUGACCAAGAAACUGAUACUGAUAAUCUGAGGCUCAGAGACAAUUUCUUCUGUCCUUUUGCCCUCCUAGAUUCGCUUCAGGGAGGCGUUAAGAGUAUAAUCAAUGGUCUACUGCAUACCCACCCACAAAAGGUUGAUAACAAAGUGACCGAAGAAGUAACAAACCAUCUUUUCGAAAACACAGUGGCCAUGCCUGGUUUUGAUUUAGUGUCACUGAAUAUUCAAAGGGGCCGGGAUCAUGGUCUGCCAUCCUAUAACACCAUGCGGGAAGCAUGUGGAUUAGAAAAAGCCACAGAUUUCGAUGGAUUGCAGGAUCUUCCUGAGAGGUUGAGAACGUUGUAUCAGUCUGUUUACAGACACGUAGAUGACAUAGACUUGUGGACUGCAGGGGUCUCAGAAAUCCCAAGGAAUGACGGUCUGCUGGGCCCAACGUUCAGUUGCAUCAUAGGACAGCAGUUUCGCAGACUCAAAUAUGGAGACAGAUACUUUUAUCAGCACAGCGGUGAAACUGGGCUUACUGAAGAUCAGCUGUUGAGCAUCAAAGGUGUCCUGCUUUCCAAAGUGAUGUGUGAAAAUACUGGCAUCACACAGGUGCAAAAACAGGCUUUGAAAGCCGUUGGUGAAAGCAAUCCAUAUGUGGACUGUAAUGCGUUGCCAGGACUUGAUUUGUCUCCAUGGAAAGAAUAGGAAGGUCUAUACUGGAUGAGAAUUAAACGAGCCUCGAAAAAAUAGCCAGUGUUUUUCUUAUUGACAUCUUGUAUCAAAGUGUCUUAUUUAAAUUACAAAGAAAUAAAAAAAAAAAAUUAAAUAUAAUUGA